CUUUCAGGCUUUAAACUCGUUGGACACAUAUUGGAAACUUUGGCUGUUGACGAAUAUAUCUGCGGACAACGAUGCCUCAGAAAUGAAAAAUGCCUGUCCUACAACAGCCGUUCUGAUGAUGACCAUGACAACAACAAAUGUGAACUUAGUGAUCAAAACAGACCGGAUAAGCUUAUUCGCAGCCCAGGGUUCACCUAUCAUAUCAAAGGUAAAAAUAUAUAAAAAAUUCUACAAUGGAUUCUACUAAGGCAAAUAAUUAGCCACAAGUCCUAUUUGAGAAAGGUUGUCGGAAAAAGUGCACGCAACAAUUCCGAAAGGUAUUAAGGGUGGUUUUGAAUUCACUGUUCUUCAAAGAAAUUUGAAAGAAUGGCACGAGAGAUCAUGGACGUAUGUUUGUCAGUGCCAGAUGAAAGGAAAGCAACAAAAAUAGGUUCGACAGCUGAAGUGUCAGGAACAGUGUAUUAAUAAUAUCCCAUAUUACCAUUCGGGAUUGUCGUGUGCACAUUUUUUCCGACAACCUUUCUCGAAAUCACUGUAUAUGUUUCGAUAAGUGAACAAAUUAACUUGAAAUAUAGACUACACCGCCUGGGUACAAGUCCUCACAGUGUGCGUUCUUUACCCCGGCCCCUUUCAAAUUGAUGAGGAAGAAUGAAAGAGGCAACGUCAACGUCUUUAUUCGCAGCUAGUGCCCGACCCAAAUGAUACAAAUUUGACGGUUGAUUCAGACAUCAAACUUUUAAGAUGUCGGACUCAAUUCAUUUUCACGAUGUACAAUGGUUUGCAAUCAUCUCACCAGUGAAAAUAAAUUAUAGUAAUUUGUGUAUUAGGUUCGGUACUGAUGAUAAGUUCGACGUAAACGAAGUCGCUCCACGGUCAGAAUUACCAAGUGAGCCACUCGAUCUCAAUUCAUGGGUUGACCCAAAUUAAAAAUUUCGGACUCAGCUGAUUCAAACGCCGAUCUCCUCGCCAUGUACUUAAAUUAACUGAAGGGAUUAGAUUGGAUGAUAUGAAAAGUUCGUCAAAUCGUACUAAUUGUAAUUUUUCACGUACAAGAAAGCAGCAGAUAUGGUGCAUUGUUGUGCAUUUUUUCAACCUACAGUUGGAAAAGGCUGGUAUUCCUCGUAUCCUGGUCAUUCCUGCAAAGACAUCUAUGACUCUGGCGACGCACGAGGUGACGGAGAAUACUGGAUUGACCCUGAGAAAAAUGGAAAUCCUUUAAAAGUCUUUUGUGACAUGACCAGAGCAGGUGGUGAGUAUUAGUGUUCUAUAGCUAUCACUGAAAGGACUUACACCCUCAGAUCAGGCUAUAAGAUGGAUUACCGGGGGCCCGGUCAUCCAGAUCCUGACAUAAGGAGGGGGCCCGGUCUCAAAAAAAAAAAAUUGUUUGGCCCAUCGGGUAUCAUUUUCGUCUAAAAGUAAGGGGGGGCCACUGCGUUGUUAUUAAGUCGAGGAAAUUUCGUCACCACAAACAUGUCUGUUCGGUGUGACAUGACUAAAGUAUUUUCAGCUGGAGAAAGAAAUUGCCCUUAUGCGUUAUGAUACCCCGAAACCUCCAGAUAACAUAGACCUGUAAUAAAUUCAUCAUCAAACCAGAAUAGAAUAUUCACUUAACAUCAAAAUAAAUUUUUAAUGACACGGCUUGCCAGGGAUUCCGUACAACUUGGCGCUGAUGGUAAAAAUUGCCUAACUUAACGUUAAGUUUCAGUCUGUUUUGAGUGUUAUUAUAAAUAUUUUAGUCUGAAAUGUCUUACUUCUCCAUCCUCCUCGACCACCACGGGUUAGCGGGUAGAGACCCCCUACUGCAUUUCCGGCUAUUAAGAUUUUUUCAAGCCAAAGAAAUACGAAAGACUUUCAUAACGUUGUUAUUUAAAUUAGUGCAUAUACGUUUUUAAGCAUAAAUCGAAGGCAGGAAGCUCUCAAGGACUCUUUUGCUUUCUAGCCUAGGUGACAGGCGUUUGGCAGUAAUGAAGGGGGAAGAGGGAGACCGUAUUUCCUUUGUCCCUCGAUUAAUCGCCUCCCUCGAAUAAUAACCUCCCCUCCACCCCUCUCGCCAUCUUCUCGUUCUUCUAUCCCCUGCCUGUCAAGUUGAAGUGGAAUCUGAUCAAGUCAUCAAAAAAUGUUCAGUUUAUUUGGUGUGAUAAUUUUUUGAUUUAAUGGCAUAAUUAAACAAAAUAUUUAAGGCACGACUUCCAGUAAGCAAUAUUUGACUUGAAAUAAUCGCCUCCCUCGUAUAAUCGCCUUUCUACGAAUAAUCGCCCCCUUUUGAUGCGAAAAUAAAAUAAUCGCUCCCGGCUAUUAUUCGAGGAAAUACGGUUUUCUCGGGCACCUAUUGCGGUCAACGUUUCCCUGUCAGGAAACACUGUGAGGAGGAGCGUUGUUUAACAACUCAAAAACGAACGGCUGCCUUGGAGACUGCAAUCCCGGUCAUAAUUUGUUAAAACACUUCCGGAAAACAUAACAUCUACUUAGUCGUUUCAGGAAUACACGUACUACUUCCCUCCCCUUCCCGCAAUGUUGGUUUCACGCGUUUUCUUGGGCAUAAACGUCUUCGAAAUCAACAUUGAAGGGGAAGGGGACGAACAAUUAGCAAGCGUUUCAGCAGUAAUGACCGGGAAUGUAGCUUUAUCCUCUCUUCUCCCUACCAUGUCCUUUCCUGUCCAGAUAUUUUCUCCUGCCUCUUGAUCCAGUCCCCAUACUUAUUUACUGUUUAAUAAAAAUUUCAGGAGGUUGGCUUCUUGUUCUCAACAUCGUGAUUAAGCAGAUUAAGGACCAGGAUGACCUCCCUCAGUUGUUACUCGAGACGUCAUACCGCAAAGUGGACAGCUACAAAAGCAACAAUUUAGUUCUAAAGAACAGCGCCCUGAAUGACCUGAAAACCCUCAUGCCCUUCACUCAAAUGCGGUUCCACUGCAGAAAGCCAGGUGGAUCAACAUUUCAUAUAGUCACGACCGGAAACAGCACUGGUGAAGCUGUUGUUCAGUACUUUACAGGGCAAACAAACACCAUGCCAGACUCCUGUGGAUCGUACAUUAAACUGUGGGAUGACAAUUCAAAGCUUGCAAACCGAUGUGCCGACUGGGGGAGUGAGAACGGCAAUUACACUGUGGGUAAAUGGGGGCAUGAAGGCAUGAGUGAAUUGUAUGAUCACCCUGCAUUUACUGUACUUGCAUAUCAUUGGGUCACUUUUGACAGAUGGGAAUGUGAUGACUAUAAACCGAGUUCAUCAUAUCUACCACCUAACGAAACCUUUUGGAAGAUUUUUGUGCGUUAA